AUGUCGCAUAUCAUCUCAAGACCAUGGCAUUCCGUAUUAGUGCUAGCACUGCUAGCAACUUCCGCAGUCCACGGCCAGCCCAUUCGCCAAGAAAAGGGCGAAGCAACCGAAAUUGAAACCCGAUCACCACGCCUGAUCCCUGACACAGAGAAAUACGUCCAUGAAGUCUUCCAAGGUUUGGGACUGGCAGACCCCUCGCCCUCCAGUAGACCAACAGCAAGCGUGGAGGCCAAACACGGGCAAGCCGAAAACAUGAAAGCAACACCAACAACCCACAUCACAUAUGAGAGCUCGAUAAGCUACACACCCACCUAUGGUAGUAAUGGCGCCGGUUUUACGCAUACCGUCAAGCACCAGGCGAGUAGCGACAAACCCAUUGCGAAUGUCCAGAUUGGGCAGGGCUGGGAUAAGAAUCGGAAACUUACCUCUGAGGACUUGCCAAUCUUGUUUGAUGCGGUUUAUCGGGAGUUGAAGCAUCGGGUUGGGAAUGCAAUUGAUAGUUCGGAUGAGAUUGGUUUGGAUGAGUUUAUGAAUGGAUUGUAA